UCGUCAGGAAUGUGUUUGAGAAUGAACAAGAUGGCUACCAUGACUUCUUUCCGCAAUAGGUUAACUCAGUUAGAAGCAAGAUUAAAAGCAGAAAAUGAUCAGGAAGGUGAAUCUAGAAAUACAGCAUCGAGAGCUUUAAGGACAGAUGUGGCUAGUUCAAGACCAACUAUACGAGGACUUCCAAUUGGGCAAGAACAUGGGUCUCCUGGAAGGUCCGGAAGGUUUCCAAGUCAAAGGUCCGGAAGGUUUCCAAGUCAAAGGUCUGCUUGUUUACCCCUCUCACUUCCACCUUGUAAUUACUCACCCACAUCACACGAUAGUUUUUGCAGUACAAAUCAUCAUAUGGAAUCAAAAUUAAAGAAAAUCUAUCAGCAUGCUGGAAUAUUAACAAUUGAUGGAGAGACAUAUCAAUCAUCCAUUGAUGACAUGAUACAUAUGGGAGAGUUGGGAACAGGAACUUGUGGUCAUGUUGUCAAGAUGGAACACAGACCCUCAAGAAAGAUCAUGGCUGUCAAACAAAUGAGACGUUCGGGAAACACAGAAGAAAAUAAACGGAUUACUAUGGAUUUAGAUGUGGUGUUGAGCUGUCAGGAUUGCCCACACAUUGUACAGUGUUUUGGCUAUUUCAUUACCGAUUCAGAUGUGUGGAUUUGCAUGGAGCUUAUGUCCACUUGUCUAGACAAGCUCAUCAAACGACUGAAGAAGCCAAUUCCGGAAAUGAUUCUAGGGAAAAUUGCUGUUGCAACUGUAAAUGCACUCCAUUAUUUGAAAGAAAAACAUGGUGUUAUUCAUAGGGAUGUUAAACCUUCUAACAUUCUGCUUGACGAGAGAGGUGUGAUCAAACUGUGUGAUUUCGGAAUUAGCGGACGGUUAGUGGAUUCGAAAGCCAGAACCCGUUCUGCGGGCUGUGCUGCUUACAUGGCACCAGAACGAAUAGACCCUCCUAAUCCUAGUAGGCCAGACUAUGAUAUUAGAGCUGAUGUCUGGAGCCUUGGUAUAUCGUUGGUGGAGUUAGCAACAAACAGGUUUCCGUAUCAAGGAUGUAACAAUGACUUUGAAGUCCUUAGUAAGGUGUUACAAGAAGAUCCUCCCCAUCUUCCACCAGAUGGAGAUUUUUCCUUAGAUUUUUGUAGCUUCGUUAGGGAUUGCCUAAUCAAGGACUUUGAAAAAAGGCCAAAAUAUCGCAAACUUCUAGAGCAUCCUUUCAUUAAGCGAAUGCAGACCACUCCUGAUGGUGUAGCUGCGUGGUUUGCUUUCGUCAUGAAAACCACACAAGUACCAGUAGUUUCCCCCCUAUGUCGUCACUGGAAUAAAUGAAGGCGGGUUAAAAAAGUCCAUCCGAUGUUCUUAUGUUAUUCAGUUGCCAAAAGUAGUGUUUCUGCAGCCAGCCAUGCAGUAUGAACACCAACCUGCUGGGCAUUCCUGUGUUGUAUUUGGAAGGGAAGAUAGCCACAUCCUACUGGCUAUCUUAGAUGUAGCAAGUGUGAUAUUCAAAACACUUGUAAAAGGUUUUAGUAACCUUGUGGCUUAUCAAAGGAUGCAAAUUUGUCUUGUUUGCAGGAAAGCUUCUAUUUAUAACAAACACUAAAAAGGUGUAACUGUUAUUGGGUGUGAUUAGAUAGGUGUUAAGGAUAUUUUCGGUGUAUAUAACUAGCCGUGAGAGAUUAUUCAAAUUAAUUUCUUCAUCUCAUGUACAGAGGUUGUUCUGCCCUUGUGUGGCAUACUUGGAAGUUUAAUACUAAUUCCAGGAAGAAAAAAAAAUAUUUUUUUUUUUAUGUGAGCCCUAAAAUUUAAAGAAACAUUUUUAAUUUUCAAAGUCCACUUUAAGUACAAUAAUGUGUUGAUUUGUGCAUGCUCUUACUGCGUGAUGAUUUAUGGAAUCAAGGUCUUCGAAAGUCAGAUGUCUUAUUGUUUUCUUUAUGUACUACCUCGACACACGACCUAAUUAUAUAGUGUUCUCUUCACGAAAAGUUGAAAUAUAAUUCUUGAUACGUUUUAUCUGUAUUAUAAUUUUAAGUUGUAAGCUUUAUUUGAUUCUGCCCAGUCUUCAAAUAAAAAGAUAAUUCAAAUUAUGAAAAUAAAAAUUAUCUAGAUAUCUUAGAAAUGUGAUUAGAUGUACAAAAAAAAAAGUAAUAUUUUAAUAAGAUGUAUAAUUUCAGAUAAGCUACAUAAUUUGUGUUCUGAAGUGCCAUCACUGAAAGUUUUGACAGUUUGGUUCUUAAAUACUGAAAUUUAAAUUUGGGAAACGUCUGUGUGGUCUUAUUUUAUUCGUCUAUAUUUUGAAUAUCAUUUUGGUUUGUUGAUAGUGGAUCAUGAAAAAAAAACACUACUAAUAGGAAAGGUGUAACUAUAGUAUAUAGACACCGACAUUAAUGGGCUCGUGUGUUUACUAUGUAUAUAUAUAUAUAUGUAUACAAGGAUGGUGAUUGGUGGAUGAAAAGGCAUACACACAUUGUUGGUGUUGAAGAUAAUAACUUGAAUACGAUACAACAUUAGGUACUAUGAUAUAUAAACUCUCUUGUUGUAUCCAAAGUAUGCUUAUGCUAUCUGAAGUUACUUGAAUCGUCAAACUGGCUUCUUCGAGCUCUAAAGAGCCUGCCUAAUAUGAAAAACCUUAUUUUAAAAUUUUACUCACCUGUAAUAAUUGGACAAAGGUUUUUGAUUUCAUUUGUCAUAUCAAACCUUGUUGAUUUCUUAAAUUAUUACUUCGAAUCAAUUUUUAUAUUAACAGUUAUGGGAAGUGUACAUACUUGAUACAUUGUGUAUGUAUUUAAUACAGAAUGGCCUCGUUUGUAGUAAGAAAAGUUUACGAUCUAUCACACUUGCUAGCUUUUAAGAGGAGUUGAAUGUCCAAGAGCCAGCUGUUAUGCAAAAUAGUAAAUUAAAGGUUCCUGUUACUUA